AGCACGGGAAGGUGGUUGGACGGCGGCAACGCACAUGCGCGGAAGCCCCCCGAGCGCCAGUAUUGAAACAUUUGAGACCUGAGCCUGUUUCAGACCUCACGGUAACGUCGACUGACAGGGCUUCUUUUCCAACGGAAACAAAAAGCUUUGUCACAGGUUAGUCUCCUUGGCAAACUUCGUAAACAUCUUGUGUUGAACUGGAGCACUGAAGGAAUAACCACUACUGUGUUACCGCACAAAGGAGAGGGGAGAAUUAAGUGGUUAUGGGGCUCAGAGGAGGCAUAGGCUGCCUUCUUGCCUUAUUUGCGGGCCUAGUUUGGCUAGAAUGUUCGCACUCACAACAAAUCCUUCCCGACUGGCCGAAGAUAGGUGACCGUAUCACGCAACCGUUUCUUGACCAGCUCAUGGUCAGUCAGCUGCUCGAACAAAACCUCACUCUUGGUUUCUUCUUGAAAGGCCUUAACGGCCCGCCCGGUCCACCCGGACCCCCGGGAGCACCCGGAGAACCAGGACCACCCGGAUUAAGCGGACCUGCCGGGUCACCUGGUCAUGUUGGAGAAGACGGUGCUCCGGGCGCGACAGGAACACCUGGACCUCCCGGUCCACCCGGACCUCCCGGUAUACCCGGAGACAAGGGAGAUCCCGGAGAGCAGGGUGCCCCCGGUGCUGCCGGACUUCCCGGAGCCCCUGGUUUACCAGGUUCCCAAGGUCCUAUGGGUCCCGCUGGACCCGAACCGAUUAUGCCGAAUUUCACUGUAAUCUGCGAAGGCGAGAAGGGCUGGGUACAAUGCAAACAAUACGAACUCAUCAAGGUCACCAAGUCAUUCUGGGGUCGUGACGAUCACGUGACGUGUCCCAAGAUUCCAGCUGGGCUCACCGCGGACAGACUGUGCGAGACGAGCGCGGAAAACACUAUCAGCAAAGUUAAUGGACAGUGUAAAAACGAACAAGCCUGCGAAGUGGUGGCUUCAAACAUUUUCUUCGACGACAACUCUUGCGGGAACGUGUACAAGUAUUUAAAAAUCUGGUACGAGUGCAUUCCGGACGAAGCAAACGCGGUGGACGUAUUGAAAGAUGGCGGCAAGCGACGACGUCGACGAAAGAAGAAGAGAGCAACAAAAGACAAACGGUCCUCAAAGGACUAGACUGUAGUAUAACAAAAUUAACUAAAACAACUACGUUACUUCAACAGCAACUCGAUUUCCUGAGGCACUUUAGCUUCGGAGUUUAACCACUUUGCAAAACAUUCUCGUUAACAAAAAAAAAAGCAUGCUUACUUGUUAAGCAAAAUUUCGCAGUGUGCAGCAAAACCACACAAGUGAGCGGCGUCCGAACACUUUGUGUCAAUAUGUAUGUAUAUUGAAGUUUAACUUUAUUUGAUAAAGAAUGUACCAAAUGAGACCCAAGUCACUUAGGUGACUGAAUUAGUUUGAUUUAGGAGGGAAAUGCCAGAUGUACUGGUCAAAGCGGGGGGAGCGCGGACUAGCCGUACCCCUCCCCUCUCAAGUUGUGUUGAUUCGUUUUCUGAACACUCUGUACAAUAUUUUCGGGAAGAAUGUUAAAUUAAAAGAAGCAGGAGACCUGUACAAUAGGCUUGCCACUCAUUUCAUUGUUGGUAAGUUUGAGCUAGAAUAAAAAGUAUAACAACAAACCAGACGAAGUUUCGACUGCCGAGCGACUCACUCCAUCACAUUGCAAGGAGCGAGUCGCUAGCGCCUUUGUUGUAAGAUUAGUUUUGGUAUGUUUGUUGUUUUGUGUACGACCUCCAGCAUCGGGCUUGCUUGGAACAUAAAUAUGGUCAUGGUAAAAACAAAAUGGAAAUAAAUUAGAGGUUUUCUUCAAA